AUGGAAAAGUUGAAGCAGUUGAUCCACCAGCGAGGUCAGGUGAAAUCGAGGCUGACAACAAUCGUCCACAAGCUAGACGAAGCUUCUGAUAAACCCGAAACAACGAACCUAUCGCAGCUUAAAGCCUACGAGAUAAAACUGGAAUUGCUUUAUUCGGAGUACUCGACGAGACAUGAUUCGGUGAUGAAUAUGUGUACCGGAGAACAACUGGAUGCGCAAGAUAGUAAAUUAGAGGAGUUCGACGAGCUGCAUACGAGUGCCUUAGUGAAGCUGACCCAACUGAUGGAUUUCUUCCGUGCUUCACCUAAAACUGUCGGAGCACCGCAAGUCAUCGUGACUCAGCAACCUUUGAAGAUGCCGAUCCCUACCUUUGAUGGGAGCUACGAAGGUUGGCCGAAAUUCAAAGCACUAUUCAACGACCUGAUCGGUAAAUGUGGCGAUUCAGAUGCCACAAAACUACAAUAUUUGGACAAGGCAUUGAUUGGUGAAGCCUCCGGUAUCCUCGAUGCAAGGAUAAUUAACAAUAACAAUUAUGAGCAAGCGUGGCAACUGUUGAAGGACCGGUUCGAAAAUCCAAGAGUGAUAAUUGACACCCACAUUACUGGUUUAUUAACGAUGAGUCCGAUCGUAAAGCAGAGCUACAAAGAGCUGAGAUCCCUCAUCGAUACCUGUAAUCGUCACGUUGAAGGAUUGCGGUUUAUGGACCAGGAAGUUGAUGGCACAGCCGGUCUAAUCGUGGUGAAGCUUUUGUCACUGUGCCUCGAUUGUGAAACACGGAAGCAGUGGGAGCAAACGAUGGAUCAUGGUGAGCUACCUGACUUGGACGACACCAUGAAGUUUCUCAGGAACUAUUGUCAAGUGCUCGAGAGAUGUGAAGUGGACAAAACGCCCUCAUCAAGAGUAGUAGUCAAACCUCCCGUAAUGGUGAAGUCAAGCUCAGCGCUUAAAACAUCCCAUCCAGCGUUAUCUAAUCUAUCAGAGAAUGUGUGUGAGAUAUGCACAGGUCAACACAGCAACUACAAGUGUUCCUCUUUUUUGAACAUGAGUAUCGACGAAAGAAUGGCCGAAGUAAAGCAAAAGGGACUGUGUUUCAAUUGUCUUCGCAAGGGGCAUCAGAUCAGAGGCUGUCCAUCGGAUAAAUCAUGUUCCAAGUGCGCCAAGAAACACCAUACAAUGUUACACUACGAGCAGGUUUCUCCGCUCGAAACUAGGCAGCAGAGUUCCAGCGGAUCAGCGAUGACGAAGACUGGGUCAGCAGCUAUUUCUGAGGACAAUGUAUCAACAGCGUGUUUCGGUGUUCAGCGGCGAGUAAAACAGGUGUUGUUGAUGACAGCGUUGGUGAAUGUAGCAUCAAGGAGUGGAAAGAUUGUCAAACUACGUGCUCUUCUUGAUUCGGGAUCGCAAGUUAACUUGGUUUCAGAAGCCGCCGUUAAGUUGCUUUCUCUUCCAAAAUAUCCUGCCAAUGUGCCUGUUGUGGGAGUGGGUGGCGUUCGAUCCCAAAUUCGGCAUCAAGUGAUUUUGAGACUGUCAUCCGGUUAUUCCGCAUUCGAAUGUAAUAUUAACUGUUUGGUGACAUCGAGGGUGACAGGAAAAAUUCCAUCCGUUCCAGUUGACGUUUUUGAAUGGAAAUUUCCACCUGGUAUUGUUUUGGCUGAUCCAAGCUUCAAUGAACCAAAGGAUGUUGAUCUAUUGAUUGGUGCGGAGCUAUUUUUUGAUAUCCUGAAAUCAGCGCAACUGAAACUUUCCGACGAGUUGCCACAGCUCUACGAAACUCAAUUUGGAUGGGUACUGGCUGGGGCCUUGGAAGAAUCUCAUGACGAAGUUGUCAAUGUGAUGUGUGUUAAUAAUGAAGAUCCGUUGCUGAAGAGUGUCCAAAGGUUUUUCGAGCAAGAGGAGCUACCAGAAGAGAAAGAGCUAACAUGUGAAGAACAAAGGAUCGAGGAUCACUUUUGUAAAACUUAUCAACGAGAUGGUGAAGGCCGAUUCAUUGUUCAGCUCCCGUUUCGCGACUCCAUCGACCAACUAGGGGACUCUCGUUCAUUGGCGUUCAAAAGGUUCUUGUCAAGUGAGAAACGAAUAUCGAAUGACAUUGAGAUGAAGCGUAUGUAUCAAGAUUUCCUUAAGGAGUAUGUAGAUUUAGGUCACUGUCACGAGAUACGUGAAGAGGACGAUGCGCCUGGUCAACGAAACUAUUAUUUUCCACACCACGCUGUACUUAAACCAUCGAGUACUAGCACAAAGCUUCGUGUUGUAUUCGACGGAAAGGCAAAAUCGAAUGGGUUAUCACUCAACGAAGUUCUGAUGGUGGGGCCCAAGAUCCAGAAUGAUCUGUUUUCCAUUGUUCUGCGUUUUCGAACGCACGUUUACGCAUUCUCAGCUGACAUUGAAAAAAUGUAUAGACAAGUGAAGAUCGAUCCUAAUCAGACACGAUAUCAAAGGAUAUUCUGGCGUGAACAACCAAAGGAUCCGAUUAAGGUGCUGGAACUGUCGACAGUGACCUACGGGACGUCUUCUGCAUCAUUCCUGGCGGUGAGAUCCAUGAUUCAGCUAGCUAGAGAUGAAAGCAACACCUUUCCCGCAGCGGCAGAGGUAAUACUUGAGGAUUGUUACAUGGAUGAUGUGUUGAGUGGAGCAUCGACAUUGGAAUCUGCAAAACAGCUGCGAAAUGACAUCGAAGGUCUUUUGAAGAAGGGGAUGUUUCCUAUACGAAAGUGGUGCUCGAAUGAUGACGAAGUGCUUGAAGGUGUUCCGUAUAGAGACCGUGAACAGUUGGUACGCAUCGAAGAAGCUAGUACCAUUGAUACAAUACGAACCUUGGGUAUCCUUUGGAAUCCACGAAGUGAUCAGUUUCUGUUCUGGAGGAACCCUGAUUUGGUGCAACUUGACGAGAAGGUGACAAAAAGAAGCGUACUCUCCCACAUUGCAAAACUAUUUGAUCCGCUGGGUCUUAUAUCACCUGUUAUCGUGUUGGCAAAGUCAAUCAUGCAACAGUUGUGGGCUAAUUCUUUGGAAUGGGACGAGCCAAUUGAAGGAGAACUGUUAAAUAAAUGGUUGAUCUUCCAAAGGUCCCUGAUGCAGUUGAAUGAAAUAGAAAUACCGAGAUGUGUUGUGGCUCGUGAAGCGUGUCGUAUUGAGAUCCACGGUUUCUCUGACGCAUCGUGUACAGCCUACGGUUCCUGUCUGUAUUUACGAAGCAUUCGGGAGGAUGGAGCGGUUUCAGUUAAACUGUUAUGCAGCAAGUCAAGAAUCGCCCCUUUGCAUCGCUCAACGAUGCCAAGAUUAGAGCUAUGCGCUGCCGUGAAUUUGGCAAGAUUGAUCAGUACUGUGAUACCAAUUCUGAAAAUGGAUGUACAUGGAGUUAAGUUGUGGUGUGAUAGUCAGAUCGUACUGGCGUGGAUAAAGAAGAAUCCAGAACAAUUGCAAAUCUACGUCAGGAACCGAGUAGUGGAGAUUAAUAAGUUAACCAGUGUCUACGAGUGGAAUUAUAUCAAAUCCGAAGAUAAUCCAGCGGAUUUGGUGUCUAGAGGUUGUUACCCAGAUUGUUUGCGUAGUUCAGACUUUUGGUGGAAUGGACCGAUGUUUUUGCAAGAUACCAAUUACAUGAUACAAGAAACUCCGAUGAUUAAUGAUGAUGAGCUGCCUGAAAUGAGAAACAUUCGAGUGUGUACUCCAGCAGUUGAGAUUGAGGAUGAACCGAUAUUUGAUCGCUGUGGUAAUUUUUCGAAACUUCAACGUAUAUUGGCGCAAGUAGUAAGGUUUACUCGAUUGGUACGGAUGAACGCAAAGGAUCGUCAAAGGUAUCGCUGGAUUUCUGUACCAGAUAUGCGAAAGGCAAUGGAGUACAUAGUGCGAGUUUUGCAAAGGAGAGAGCUAGGUGAAGAAAUCCAGUGUGUACAGCGAAAGGAGUUGUCGAAGCGUCUUGCUAGUUUACAACCAUUCUUGGACAACGAAGGACUUCUACGCGUCGGCGGACGACUGCAGAAUUCUACAUUGGCAUUUGAUACCAAACAUCAAAUCCUUCUUCCACGAAAUCAUCGAGUAACGGAGAUGUUGAUUCGUAAGUACCAUGAGGAGAGACUACAUGAAGGACCAUCCGGCUUGUUAGCAGCGAUAAGACAGAGGUUCUGGAUAAUUAACGCUAGGUCAGCCAUUAGGAAGGUGACUCGUAGUUGCGUGAGGUGCUUCAAAGCUAACCCAAAGGGAUAUCAGCCAAUUAUGGGGAAUUUGCCAGAGGAGCGCGUGAAUGUUGCCGCCGCAUUCGAACUUACCGGUGUAGAUUACGCUGGCCCUGUUAUUGUGAAGGAAGGAAAAUACAGGGCGAAGAAGGUGAAAGCAUACAUAGCUCUGUUUGUGUGUCUCACAACAAAAUCGAUACACCUAGAACUAGUUUCAGAUUUGACAACUGAAGCCUUUCUUGGUGCAUUGGAUCGCUUUGUCAACCGACGCGGGAUGGUCCGUAAAAUAAUAUCUGAUAACGCGACCAAUUUCGUUGGUGCUUCCAGGAGCUCCAUCAGCUAUUCCUGA